GACUCGCUGCGGUCGUUUGCCAUUUUGGCGCAAAGAACGAGUGAUCACAGUGUCCUGGAGUGUGGUCGUAGAUGAACAGCGCAAUGUGGAGCCUGUUCAGGAAGUGCCAAUGCAGUUCCCUGAGCCUAAGGCACCACCACCCGGUUUCAGACACCAAGGUGAGCCGGCUCCUGGCUAUGCAGCCCAAGGACAGGAUCAACCCAAGAGUCGUAUGUCAAGCUCAAGCGGAAGCGCACCCUUCCCACCUGCUGAUGCGGCUUACUUUUUCACUGACCCUGCUCAAGCCCCUGCUCAAAGUGCUGCUGCUCCAGCUACUCAAGCAGCACGUGAUUUGCUUGGAAGCGCUCAGAAGCAGGCAGUUCGCCUGGCAAAGCAGAAAGCUCAGGCAAAGAGGCGUGGUCAUCGUGCAAUCAGGUGGGGACAGAUGCCUGGCCUUGAUGCUCAGAAUUUCCAGCUCCCAACUUUCAUCAGACAGUUGGGUGCUGGUCAAGACGAACGAUCAGUGCUUGUGAUUGAUAGUCGCGAUCGGCGCAUUCAGUCCCCCUACCUGGGAUGGCUGCUGGACGAGAUCUUGCUGAACGCCCAGUCUGGAGUGAACGUCCUGGUCGAUCGACAGCUUGUCAGAUCGCCAAACAAGGGCUACCACCUCAACUUGUUCUAUGUGAGGACGAUGGACGGGUUCAAGUUCAUUUUGGUGGGAUCAAUGACGUCUUACGGGACGGUGCCAGCAGCUCGCUGGGAUGCAGACACGGGGAAGAUCAUGGCCCACCCGGCCUUUCAACCUUUUCGUUGGCCAAUGAUGACUGAUGAAUCUGCAACCUGGGUCGAUGUGAAGGUCAAGGUCGAAGGAGGCCUUCUUCUACACCUUGAACUGCGCGGCUAUCGAUCGAACACUGACAUGACAGUUCAGAUGAAUUACGUCAAUGAUGCUCUCAUGGCGAACCUUAGGGACUGCCUUUUUGUGCCGUCCUGCAUCGUCACGGUGUUCCACGGAUGGAGGGUGGUGGCAACCUCGUUCGAGGUGGGAGGGCGUCUGUACGCCUGCAGUGAUGGUGGGACGGUCGUGGCCCUGGAUUUUCCUUUGUGUCAUUUUGAAGUCCGGCUCACUGCGCUCUCUUCCACGGACUCGAUCGGGAUGGAUGCAGACCGCUUAGAGUUCCGAUUCAGGUCAUCUGGUGAUCAGCUGGACGUUGCAUGUUCGCAGGUGGUGGUUCCAUCAACUUGGCUGGUUGUGUCGCGUGUGUCAGGGCCCACCUUGAUCAAGAACGCUCGAUGGUGUCGGGAGCAUCAUGCAAGGGUGGAAGGCCCCGAUCAGACCAUGCAAUUGUCGCAGCUGGCCGGGAUCCAUGCACACUGGACUGCAUCGAUCGAAGCAGAGUCUGUUGAUGACACGGGCCCGAGGGUGAGUGCGGUCGCGGUGGACUCUCACCCGGCCAACUAUCACCUCACCUGUGAGUCUCCCUUGUUCAGGGCAGCGAAGUCGUUGGUGCCAACUGAUGCACUUGCUCUGCAGGCGCACAAUGUGGCUCUGGAACAGGAGACGAUCGUGCUCCCGCCAGUGACGGGUGGGCCAUCAGUGGUGCCAAGAUCAUCAGUUGCGGCCCCUCUACAAGCAUUGGCUGGACCGUCGGCUCCUGCACUGGUUGUGGCGCCCAAUGUUCAAGCCGAAGUCUCUAUGACUGAACCGGGUCAAGCCCCAGCCUCGGGAGCCAUGGGAGGCUCGGUACAUGUGCAAAGGCGAUCGCUUGAAGCUCGCCAACAAGAGAGGAUCUCAGUGGCAGCCGUGACGCCACAAACUUUUCUUGAUCAGGUGUAUCAGGCGGUCCCGGGACGCCCAGUCAGUUUUGGACCGGCUCCGACCGUUGAAGAAGUGACGGCCCUGUUGGUGUCGCCUUAUGCCAAUUUGGCGCUGGUGUCAGCGAUGGAGGUGCGAUCAGGCCCGGAGUUCACCGUGAAAGUGCACGACUGGUCAGCAUCCUUAGAGGAGACCGUUCGUGAUGUCUUGCUCAGCAACAGUUUCAUGCUGGAACAGUUUUGGAGUCUAGCUACUUCGAUCGAGAAGGCAUUUUUCGAAUCCUCUGCAAAUCAGCUGGGUUUUGGGCAGUGCGAUCCGACUACUUUGGCGUUGAGUGCCGAGACCGCUAGUGCUCGUAGGGCAAAUGCCAUCAAAGCUCUGUUGCACAAGCCGGCUCAACCGCCCAGGAAACUGCUCAAGAAGUCUGAUUCGGAUCCGACGUCCACACCGCUGUUGGACCAGGAGAAUGCCGCUCGGUGGAAGUGGGCUUCUAAACUGGAGGCCAUAGGGAAACGGGCGGGUCAACACUCUAAGCUCUUCCUGGAUACCACAAACAGCGAAGGGCUCUCGCCGGGUGAGACCGCUCGGCUACGCCAAUUAGUGUUGGCAUCGGGGGCUCCACGGACUAUGGCGGCCCACAUCUCCGCAUGGGAGCGGUUCGAGGAGUGGGCCAAUAGUGUUGGGAUCCCCGUUUUUCCUUUGUCCUCUGAUUUGAUUCUGAAGUAUGCUCUAGCUCUUGAUGAGAAAGAAUGUGGUCCCACAGUUUUGCCUUCUUUUAGGAUGUCAAUUAAGUGGGUAACAUCUAAACUGGCGAUCGACUGUCCUGAUUUGUCCCAUCCCGCUCUGUUGGCGGUUCAGUCGGACAUCAUUCAGAAAAGGGCCACCACAUUGAAAGAAGCCCAGCCCAUCCCGAUCGUGGCGGUCGGAAGUCUGGAGCAGUUCGUCACAGACGUGCAGCAGCCAGAGGCGGCUAGGCUCUUUGCAUGGUGGUGGCUUUGCAUGGUCUUUGCAUCGCUGAGGUUCGAUGAUGCCAUGCAUGUCAGGCCAACUGAGCUGAUCAUGCAAGACGAAGGGCUAUUUGGCGUCGCUUGGCAGACGAAAGUCGAGCGCAAACGCCGUGGCACGAAGUUCGUAGUGCCGAGAGUUGGCUUUCGUGAUUCAGCCUGGCUUGACGUUGGCUGGGACCUUUUGCAGCUCGAAGAUUUGGAUCGCGACUUCUGGAUGAGGGACUUGAACACCCAGACGGAGUUCAGGUCCGCACCAGCUCAAUAUCAACGUUCCAUUCAGUGGCUGCGUUUCAUUGGCAAGCUCGCCAUCAAGACCUACUUCAGUGGGCCUGAGGGCAAGCUCAAUGAGGCCGUGGACGGGUUGCUCAAGGUGGUGGAUCGCACCGUGUACACCCCGGACAAGUUGCCGGAGAUCCAUGGCGGCAGAUCUUUGGUCGGCAACGAGUUCCGGAAGACUUGUGCCGGCUCGUGGCUGAUGUGGGUCUCCGCAGAGCUUGCUCUUACAGCUCUGGCAGCCGUCUGGAAGCAGUGCUCCACCAUGCAAGAUCACUUCGCAGCUCGGCGAGCCAAAAUGGAAGAAGACCCCAGCAAGGUCCCGGAGAUUCGAGGCGAAGAUCAUGCUGAGUUUCGUGACACGUUCGUGGCUCGUCACCCUGACGUGCUCUUGCCCAUGCAUCGAGAGCCUCAUCGGAAGUUUGUCGAACGUGUUCAACGAGACUACUUGGUGCACAGCUUUGUUCGCUUCUACGAAGUCGGUGAUGGACAAACUGCAUGCGUUCUUCAUUACCUUAGAAAAUACUUGAACAUCUGCGAGUUCUCCGUGGCAGCCGGGCCUCUGAAAUACUUGUCUGAUCUGGAGGAGUGGCGCCACGAGAACCGUGGCCUGGCCUUGCUCUUGGCGGCUGAUGCGUUGAUCCGCAAGAAAGUCCAUCGAGUAAGCUCUGAUCAGCGCAAGACAUUUGGCACGUUCUCUGCAGCCUUGCUUGAGGUCUUGACCAACCACAAACAGCUGUGGAAUGACGCUCGAUCAAGCGCAGAGUUGGACAAGUUCAAGCAGGUGCUGCAGACUACGGCGCCAUCUACACCGUUGAAGAAGCGCUCCAGAUCUCGCUCGCAGUCAGCCCCAAAGGCUUCACCCAAAGCUCGAAAGAACAGGGCUCGUCGUGAACGCCAGAAGGCUUUGCUCAAGAAGGCCAAGGUUGGUCACGCUUCAACGCCACCUCCAAAGCCGGAUCAGGCCAAGAAACCCGCUCGAGAUGAACGGGUCCCGGCCCACGAAUGGAGAAGAUUACUUCGUUCAAGUAUCAAGGAGCCAAGCGAUGCCCCUUCUUCAACUGCUCACUGGGAUGCCGCUUUGGUGAUCAAUGCCGCCAGAAGCACAGCUGUGUAG